AUGGUGAGCGAAUCCCCGGGGCCGGGCUCCUGGGUGCCCUGGAGACCAAGAGAUGAGGCACUGCGUGUGAACGUGGGCGGAGUGCGGCGGCUGCUGAGCGCGCGUGCUCUAGCACGCUUCCCGGGCACACGGCUGGGUCGCCUACAGGCGGCGGCGUCCGAGGAGCAGGCGCGGCGCCUGUGCGAUGAUUAUGACGCAGCAGCACAUGAGUUCUACUUCGAUCGGCACCCGGGCUUCUUCCUCGGCCUGCUGCACUUCUACCGCACCGGCCACCUGCACGUGCUGGACGAGCUGUGUGUCUUCGCCUUCGGCCAGGAGGCCGACUACUGGGGCCUGGGCGAGAAUGCACUGGCCACGUGCUGCCGCGCACGCUACCUGGAGCGGCGGGUGACGCGGCCUCGCGCCUGGGACGAGGACAGCGACGCACCGAGCAGCGUGGACCCAUGCCCAGACGAGAUCUCUGACGUGCAGCGGGAGCUGGCGCGCUAUGGUGCGGCCCGCUGCGGUCGCCUGCGCCGCCGCCUCUGGCUCACCAUGGAGAACCCGGGCUACUCACUGCCCAGCAAGCUCUUCAGCUGCGUGUCCAUCGGCGUGGUGCUCGCCUCCAUCGCAGCCAUGUGCAUCCACAGCUUGCCGGAGUACCAAGCCCGGGAGGCAGCGGCAGCAGUGGCGGCAGUGGCCGCGGGUCGCAGCGCAGAGGACGUGCGCGAUGACCCGGUGUUGCGCCGCCUGGAGUACUUCUGCAUCGCCUGGUUCAGCUUCGAGGUGUCAUCGCGCCUGCUGCUGGCUCCUAGCACGCGCAACUUCUUCUGCCACCCACUCAAUCUCAUCGACAUUGUGUCGGUGCUGCCCUUCUAUCUCACACUGCUGGCUGGCGCUGCGCUUGGUGACCGGCGUGGAGCCAGCGGAGAGGAGCUUGGAGAUCUGGGCAAGGUGGUGCAAGUGUUCCGCCUCAUGCGCAUCUUCCGUGUGCUCAAGCUGGCACGCCAUUCCACUGGGCUACGCUCGCUGGGCGCCACACUCAAGCACAGCUACCGUGAGGUGGGCAUCUUACUGCUGUACCUGGCCGUGGGUGUGUCAGUAUUCUCGGGUGUGGCCUACACAGCUGAAGAAGAAAACGUGGGCUUUGACACAAUCCCUGCCUGCUGGUGGUGGGGCACCGUGAGCAUGACCACAGUGGGCUAUGGGGAUGUGGUGCCGGAGACUGUGGCUGGCAAGCUGGCGGCCUCAGGCUGCAUCCUAGGUGGCAUCUUGGUGGUGGCGCUCCCCAUCACCAUCAUCUUCAACAAGUUUUCCCACUUCUACCGGCGCCAGAAGGCACUGGAGGCCGCCGUGCGGAGCAGCGGACAGCGGUCUUUUGAGGACUUACUGAGCAGCGUGGACGGGGUAUCAGAGGUAUCUCUGGAAACAUCUCGAGAGACUUCUCAGGAGGGGCGGUCUACAGACCUGGAGACCCAGGCCCCUAGUGAGCCUGCAAAACCUCAGAGUUAUUAAAACCAGAGCUCUGCAUUCCCUCCCCACAGCCUCAGAGUCAGCUAACAGAGCAGAGCCCUCCCCUGCUUAAGUUCUGCAUGGGAGUCAUCCACCUGAGCAAUGAGAUCUAAGCCCAAGGCAGGAUAGUACACAACAACCUCCUUUGAAGUAGAUUCGCACCAAGAGGAGGAAGAGGAUGGCCUCUAUAUGAGCCCCAUUAGCCCUGUGCUGGCAGAUAAUUAUCCCCAUUUCACAGAUGAGGGAACUGAAGCUCACCCAAAUGUCACAGAGCUGCUAUAAAGAAGUCAUCUUUUAACACUAAGUCUCAGGAAGGAGCUGGAGGCCGAGUCCUUACACAAUCUCUAGGGUUCAUAGCACAACCGUCUUCAGUACUUCUUCCUAGGGCUGACUUACACAGAAACCUGAACAGACCCUUCUGGGACUUAGACCCAGCUCUAUACCUGCUUGGGAAAGGUAGCCAACCCCUGUCCCCAGAACUAGAUUCUAGCCCAUUGGUCACAACUGGUGACCUAGAGAGAAGAUUAUAGAGGAGGAACCAACUUAUAACCAGCUCAGCUUUGAGCUCUUGGUGGCAGAGGGCUGCUGUGCAUGCUCCUGUCCUGCUUGGUCUUUGUCAACUUGACACAAGCUAAAGUUAUCCGGGAAGAGGAACCUCAACUGAGAAAACACCUCCAUCAGAUCACCUGUAGGCAAGCCUGUGGGACAUUAUCUUGAUUAAUGACUGAUAUGGGAGGGCCCAGCCUGCUGUGGGUGGUACCAUCCCUAGGCAGGUGGUCCUGGGGUGUAUAAGCAAAC